AAAAAAAAAAAAACCAACAAAACAAAAAAAAACAAAAAAAAACCCAACAAAAACAAAUAAUAAUAAUAAAUGGUGGCGACGCUAUGGCGGGUGAAAUCGUUGUUCAAAGAAUCAAGAGACUUCCACAGACGACUUGUCUCCCCGCACUCUGGGAGUUGUGUGCCAGAAGGUGCACGCAUGACACAAAGACGCCUGUUCGUCAAUUUUUCAGCCAAUCGCAGACAGCCUACCUCUCACCGCCCACUGCACUCUGGGGGCGAUAGUGAAGUUAUCGCACGUGGGUAGAGAGAUGAAUAUAAACUGAAUAGCGCCAUUAGCGAGGUCAGUCGGGACAAGGUGUAGGUACCUUAUGAAAGUGUAGAAAACCUUUGCAGGCUAGAACUAGAAAAAUCAGUUUUCUAAUUUUUUUUUUUGGCUAGGAAAAAUUGAAGUGUCCAACAUUUUUGUGUGAUUUUGUCAUAGAUAAUAUGAAACCGGAGUUGCUGUGCAGUGUGUGGAUCUUUCUUUUGACCACCCAAGGCCAUGUUUGUGCGGGGUUUCUGUUCGAAAAAGAACAGAACAAGCUGGAUUCGAUCUCACUGUUUCCCACGGAUCAACUGCAAGUCCGUUUCAGCGAUGUUUCAAAGAAAGAAGGACUUUUAGCGCCUACCUCCUGGUACACAAGAGUGAGCAGUCCAUCUAACCAGUUCUUCGAGUCUUCCAAGGAUUAUCUUCCGUUUCAAAAUGAUGUCUCACAGAAAAAGGGUGGUACAACAGACUUCAACACAAUUAAUGCAACACCUCUAGAACUCAUUGAAGCUGUUGGAAAUUAUGCUGCUAGGACAGAACUAGGAGUUCAGACGAACUUUGCACAAAAGGAGGCAGCUCAGAAGUUGCUACUUACUGAAGAAUCCAAGGGAGAUGAUCGACGGAAUGUCUACGCUUCCGGUACGUUACCUAAGCAACCAUGGGGACCGGUGAGGUUACAUGACAAGUAUCUACAGUCUAUACUUAGCACUCUGUUAGGGAAGAGGUUUGAGCCUAUUAGUUUAGAAAGAAAGCAUAUAGCAAGGACUUUCGUUGACGAGUCUCGCGUUCCUCGUCGGAUGACGAGAAAUUCCGAGAGUUUGAACGCAAGUGUCGGAAACACCCUCGCUCCCUUUUCUGUGUCACGGCUCGAGGAUUCAUCUCUGCUUCCCUUGCAUCUUACUGGUCCUUCGGAUCAGCCAGUCACGAGAUCAGAGCAAACUGGUGAAGGCGACGAUUCAGUUCAGAGGAGGAGUCCGGAUAAAGCCAGGGAUUCUGGACUCACGGGCGAGUCUCUCGGAGUCAUUCAGGACGAGGAGGCAGUUAACACCGGUGCGGUCGACGCGAGCCUGUUUCUCAAUACCGGUGUCUACCCGACUCCCUCUCCAGAUCCCUCGUUCUCACCAGUCCCUAGCAGGUACCCCCAGACACCCACUGCCGCACCGACCCCUAAGCCCUGGCCGCGAACUUCCACUCCUCCGAAGUCAACUACGUAUGCUGUUCCCACACCUCCCGUUGCAGGCUAUACAGAAGCCAUGAUGUUACCCCAUAUUGACAUUUUCGGUGGAGCCGGUCUUGGAGCAGAGUUUCAAACAAUGGCUCCUCAAAUGGCCGUCAAUUCACGGGAAGUCGGUUGCGAGGCUCUGAACCAACCAAUCAUAGUAAGGGACUCUCUUCCCUGCGGGAGUCGGCGACGCCGGGAUGUCACCACUUUAACCCCUCUGCAGCUGAGUGCGAUUGCUUCGGCAGCUGGGGAGGAGAUGCUUCCAGUCCAUUCACUGCCAUCACCAUGGAAGAGGCACACUCGAAGUUCCGCAACAUGCUUUCUGUUGGUUUGCCCGACAAGGACAGAUACCUAAAUGAAAAAUAUUCCACAAGUCAACUUCAGCACAUCUUGGAGGAAUACCACACAAGAUUAAACUUGUUUGUCAACGACGUUGCCAAGAAGUGGAAUAGACAGAAGGACAUAGAAAGCCAACAUAAUUCUUCUCAUCAGAACACACUUGAUCAGUCGCUUCACAAACAAGUGAAGGAAACAGACAGCAACCAGUCUACCACCAGACCAGAGGCCCACGACUUGUCUUGGCUGAGCGACAGUCACUUCCCUGUGGAGUUCUUGCAUCAGAUGGUGCCAGCCAAGCAUGUCAUGGGGCAUGGAAGGACAAUCAACAAAAGACAAACAGAAAACUCUGAAACCCACUUCUGCACCUCCACGACAGAGGAGUCGAACGGCUUCCUCAACCUGUGUUCAUCCUGUCAGGUGACGACACAGCUCAGCAAUAACUUCUUCCCUAGUGUCCUUAAUGAGAUUAUCUGCAACCCUCAAAUGAACAACACCUGCAUCAACUACAGAGGCGUCAGUCACGGGGUCUGUGCACAAAGCAUUUUUCGCAUUCAGAUGUUGAGGCGACGUCCCGGGCAAUGCAUGACAGUCGACGUACACGGGACGACCAUGAUGGUGGACAAGUGGGAGUUGUACUCGCAGGCUGUACGAGCCGGGUGCGAGUGUAAGUUGGACAAACGCUCGGCCCUGGCCACGGGGGCCACGGCAUAGUGCACACAGGACAAUGGCAAAGGUUCAUGACGAGAAUUAAACAUCUACCAAGAGAUUUGGGAUUUCUGUUUUGAGAUGUGACUGAUGGGUAAAACUGUCUCCAAAAAAUCUUUUUAUU